AUGGCAAUGCAAACUCAAACAAACCCGCUCACAGCCUUGCAUGCCCGAUCUGCAGACGUCUCCGAGUCGGACUUGACCGCGGCGCCGGCCUUACCACCAGUAUCACGCAAGAAGCAAGCUGCAGUGCUUUGCCCUGCCUUUGUGGCUAUAGCCCUUACAAUAGGCUACAACCAAUGCUGGGGUGUGUUUCAAGAGUAUUACCUUUCGUCUAGCCAAGAUAUUCUGGUGCCCUCUCCGGCCUCACGGGUCUCACCACCGACUGCGCUGCUCGCCUUCGUAGGCUCGCUGUGCUAUGGGCUUACGUGGGCAGGCGGCAACCUCGUGAAUCCUGUCAUUCCACGUAUUCAGCAUGGAGAUUGGCCCCAAACCACACCAUCGACUCGGCUAUGGCGCCGCAGGAUUCUGCGCUUAUUGGCACCACGGACAAUCACUAUUUCAGGCGUACUCAUAGUGUCCGCUGGGUUCGCGCUGGCCUCCGUCAGCAGUUCUGUAUGGCAGCUCCUGCUUGCACAGGGUUUUUUGGCUGGCUUUGAAAUGUCACUCCUGUACUUCCCGCUGCUAGCUCCUGCGCCUGAGUAUUUCACCAACCAUCGGGCCACGGCCAUGGGCUUCAUCCUAGCCGCCGGCGGCACCGGCGGUCUCAUACUCUCACCCAUGAUCCGGGCGCUGCUCAGCUCCGUCGGUGGUCGCUGGACCCUCAGGCUUUAUGCCGGCCUCAACCUGAUCGCCGGGUUACCAACCGCCUGGGCAGUGCCACGGAGUCAAUUUGCAGCAAGAUCGACAGCAGAAGACCCGGAGAGACGGAAUACCCACGUCUCACGCGCUUUGGCCUCGAGAACGACGUUUCUCUUCUCUGCUGUGGCCGCGUUCCUCCAGGCGGCCGGCGCCCAACUCCCCCUCUCCUUCAUUCCUUCCUACACCGUGAUCCUCGGCCUCUCCGCCUCCAAGCGUAGCAACUCUCUCGCCGCCAGCAACGCCAUCAACACCGUGUCGCGCGUCUUGACCGGCUACCCCGGCCCGCAUCUAGCGUCUUCGCCUUCUGGCUCUCUAGCAUCCUCACAACCACCUCGUCCACUCUUUCGCUCUGGCUGGCUUUCAUCGUGCUCUACAGUUUUUCUGCCGGCGGGUACUACGCGCUGUUUCCGGCCCUCAUCGCCGAGGUCUUCCGCAUCCGGCAGUAUGCUGCUGUGA